GUCUAGGAAGAACCAGCGAUUGAAAGCCUUUAUUUCACUUUUCACGGAGCGAUAAAAUUCAAACCAAAAUGAUUCGAACAUUUUUGAUCCAAGCAAAAAAAUCAUUCGAUUUCCCGGUGCGAUUCUGCACAAAUACACCGAUUGUCAGAAAACCAGAUAUUAAUGAAGUAAGAAUAGUUGGAACAUUGACUAAAGAACCCUUCAUUCUCAAAAGUGGAACCUAUUCACUCUCAAUCAAAACAGAGGAGUCAGAUUCAAAAUAUACUAUUCAUAAUGUCCACACGAGAUUUGAACCAAGUAUUACACCCGGCGAACGAAUUCACGUCACCGGAAAAUUAUUUUCUAUUCCAGUCGAAAUGAGUGAUGGAAAAACUGUGACAGAAGUCGUAAUUAAAGCGUAUAAAACGCAUACAUUGGACAACAGUGAUUCAUUGGAAAAAUUGUAUGACGACAAAAGUUUUCUUGACAGUCUUAAAAGUUUGGUUGCUUCUGAUGUAUGUUGCUCUUCUGACGACAUAAAUUUCGUUGAAAUUCUUGGUAAUGUUGCUUCUCAUGUAUUGUUCAAAGACGAAUAUUGCUCAUUUGUGGCAGCAACUCAUCGCCCAUCAUCAAAUGAGCGAGGUGAGGUGAUUUCUAAAGCAUGUUUUCAUCAAGUAUAUGUAUAUGAUGAAUGUGUUCGAAAAUACAUUGAAAAAAAUGUCACAAGAAGAGAUCGAAUUCUUCUCACCGGCAGACUUGGCCACAGAACACACGAAUAUCCAGAUGGUCGACGAUUGUAUACCGGUUGUAUUAUUCCGAAAAAUGCUUUUAAAAUUAAACGCCCAAUAAAAUCGGAAAAUAAGGAAGUGUUUGAACAAUAUUGAGCAAUAUCCAAAUGGAAAUAUUUUCCUUCAUAGUUUCAUAAUGUUCGCAAGUAAAAAAAUUAAAUAAAUACAUAGUAUAUUUGAUUGCCUUU